AUGUCAAGCUCCAACAUCACCACCACCAUCUUCCUCGCACCAUCUUCAACCCCAAACCCUAUUUGCACUCACACCAUGGAGCUCAACAGUCAUCAGCUAGACUUUGAGGAUCUCCUACUUCUACCCGAUCAGCCCCAAACUUGUACGGGAACUGCCUCUAGCUCUUCUGAUCUUAAACCCUACACUACUCUUUCUCCAGUCAAUGGUGGAUUCUGGGCCUGGCAGGUUCCAAGCAACAGCGCACGUGUUGAUCAUAUGUUGCCGACAAAUGAGGGUUAUGAGAAGACGAUGGAGAGUGAGGAUGCGGAGAAGUUUAAAAUCGCCUUCAGAAUCAAAUCUGGACUUGAGGUGAUGGAUGACGGAUACAAAUGGAAAAAAUAUGGGAAGAAAAAGAUUAAGAAUAACCCUAAUCCAAGGCACUACUACCGGUGCUCAAGGGAAGGAUGCAAGGUGAAGAAAAGGGUGGAAAGGGAAGGAGAAGAUGGGGUGUUUGUGAUAACAACAUAUGAGGGGAAGCAUAACCAUGAAAGCACUGCAACUUUUACCAGCGGCGUUUGA